AUGCUUUCUCGUGUGGCUUUGCGUUCAGUAGUGGCCCGGCAGUCAGCCCCCACCGCCCUUGUGGCUCGCACAUCAGCCUCUGAUGCCUGUGGAGUCCGAGAUGAGAAAAAUUUCCCUAGACCUAUAAGGGGUGAGCCUGGAAAAGUCCGUCUUGGAUUCAUCCCAGAAGAAUGGUUCCAAUUCUUCCAUUCAAAGACCGGAGUGACCGGGCCCUAUACCUUUGGUGCUGGUUUAAUUACUUAUUUGUUCAGCAAAGAAAUAUAUGUUAUGGAACAUGAAUACUACACAGGUCUAUCUAUCUUUGUUAUGGUAUACUAUGCUACUGUUAAAUUUGGACCUCCAAUUUCCAAAUGGUUAGACAAAGAAGUUGAUCAAAUUGAAACUGACCUUAACCAAGGUAGAGUGGAGACUGUUAAAUCACUUGAAGAAGCUAUUGUGACCGAAAAAGAUGCUCAAUGGCGUGCUCAAGGUCAAGAGCUGUUAAUUCAAGCAAAGAAAGAAAAUGUUUUGCUACAAUUAGAAGCCGCAUAUCGGGAACGUCUUAUGAACACUUACCAAGAGGUCAAACGCCGCCUUGACUUCCAACUCGAGAAGGCAGCUCUUGAACGCCGGUUUGAACAGAAGCACCUUGUCGACUGGGUCAUCACCAAUGUUUCCAAGGCUAUUACUCCCGACCAGGAGAAGCAAACUCUCGACCGCUGCAUUGCAGAUCUGGCUGCCUUAGCUCAAAAAUGA